AUGAGGUCUUUCACAUUAAUUGCUCAGGCAUCGCUGAUUUCAGUUGCCUUGGCUGCCCCUGCGCCAACGGUAUUUGCCAAUGAAGCACCUGCCGCGCCCGUCAUUACCGCUUCUCCGGUGGAGAAUUAUCCCUCUCCAGUCGUUGCUCGAAACAUCCUCAGCGAUGUAGAAUCUAAUGCCGACAGCGUGCUUUCAGGACUUGGAUCGAACCUCCCUUCUUGGGUCGCGUCUGGAGUGCCCAACUUCUUCCAGGGUUUCCCGACGGGAGAUGCCGUCGCAAGCUCCCUAGGACUUGACAAGAGCGAUCUGGCAGCACUGCCAACUAACGUUCUGAACAUUGAUCCCUAUGCCAACUGGACCAAUUCAGGCUGGAACGUGCGUUUCCACGGAAAUGUCUACAAGCAGCCCAACACCUCUGUCUCAACCUUGAACAAGCUUGCCAACGUCUUCCUUGUCAACACCAGCAUCUCAGACCUUCCCAAGUCUCAGGCUGACCAGGCUCGUAAUCUCACUGCUGAGAUCUUCAUUGUGCAACAGCCAGAAGUGGCUGUGAACACUAUUCACCUGGAACCUGCAGCGGGCCAGGGCUCCAGCGGACAGCCAGGCGGAGGUGGUUCGUCCAAUACCACUGGUGGCACGCAAGACCUCACUUUGCCGUACAACACCACUGUUGAGGGUGACUUCGACACCUUCCUGCCAAUUAAGAGCAAGGGACUUACCGCAGGAAAUGAAACCUCGGCCAUCCAGAGACUGGACGUCCACGUCAAGAACGCAACUAUCGGCAACAGCACUGCUUACCUUGUUCCCCCCAAGGGUGUCACCAUUGUGUCCGACAUCGACGAUAUCCUUCGCGUGACUAAAAUCUACCAGCCGGAGCAAGGCCUGCUCAACUCUUUCGCUCGUCCUUUCACACCCUGGGAGAACAUGCCAGACAUCUACCGCAACUGGUCCACCAGCCUCCCCGACUUGCAUUUCCACUACCUCACCACAACCCCGGAGCAGAUCACCCGAAACUACAUGGAAUUCAUCUACGCCAACUUCCCCGGUGGUUCAUUCGAUACCCGUCCCCUCAACUUCAGCGACGUCUCCGCCACUCUAUCGAUCCGCAAGUUCCUGCUACAGAAGGUCUUCGAGACAUUCCCCGAGCGCAAGUUCAUCUUGGUCGCCGACACCAGUAACAGCGACGUCAUGCGCGAUUACCCCAAGAUGGCCACCGAGUUCCCGGGACAAGUCCAGUGCAUCUGGCUCCGAAACACCAGUGCCACCGACCCAGGCGACAAAUUUCCAUACGACACCUCCGGCUUCAAGUCUCUCAACCAGUCAAACUACAUGUUCUUCAAACAUGCGGAUGAUCUGAGCAACUUGGAUAUUGCCAAGGGAGAGUGCUACAACACAUCCAUUCCCCAAAACUUGACUUUCUCAUACCAGGGACUACCUGGUGGAGUUGGUACUAAGCCAACGUCCGUCAAUGGCUCGGCAAACCACACUGGCGCUGCUAGUGGGAAUUUGAAGGAGUCUGCCGAGACAAAGAGUCUUAUGGCUCUGGUCGCGGCCAUGGCUACGGCCACAUUUAUGUUCAUGUAA